AUGUACACCCAUCGCCCGUGGACGAUUCGUCAGUACGCCGGCUUCUCGACCGUUGAAGAGUCUAAUGCCUUCUACAAAGAGAACAUUCAAAGCUGGCCAACAAGGACUUUCCGUAGCGUUCGACUUGGCCACGCAUCGAGGCUCUUUGAGGGCAUUCCGCUUGAUAAGAUGAGCGUAUCCAUGACAAUGAAUGGAGCAGUGAUCCCAGUCCUAGCAAUGUACGUCGUUGCUGCAGAAGAGUCGGAAGCAGGUGCUGAUGCAGUCCUGGAGAUGGCUUUCACAAUCGCUGAUGGCAUCCAGUACUGCGAAACGGGAAUCAACGCAGGUCUCACCAUCGAUGCGUUUGCUCCUCGUCUUAGCUUCUUCUGGGGCAUCGGAAUGAACUUCUACAUGGAUCCAUACAACAACAUUAUUCGAACCACUAUCGAAGCUAUGGCCUCAGUGUUUGGUGGAACGCAAUCGCUGCACACCAACUCCUUCGACGAGGCCCUCGGUCUGCCCACGAAAUUCUCGGCUCGAAUUGCUCGAAACACACAGAUCAUCAUCCAAGAAGAGAGCGGUAUUUGCAAGGUCGCAGAUCCUUGGGGAGGAUCAUACAUGAUGGAGUCCCUAACGGAUGAAAUUUUUAUACUAAAGCGAGAAAGGUAUGAGAGUAUUACAAAUUUAUCAGUAGUUGCUACCACCGGCUCUGCUAGGGGCUUUUUCGUAUCUCAGAAGGUCACGGUGAUUGAUGAAAUAAUGGAACUGGGUGGAAUGGCGAAGGCUGUUGCAUCAGGCAUGACCAAGCUAAGGAUUGAGGAAGCAGCUGCCAAGAAGCAGGCUCGUAUCGAUGCUGGAAAAGAUGGAGCAGCUGGAAAGGGUAACCUGUUGGAGCUGGCUAUUGAAGCGUCUCGUGCCAGAUGUACUGUCGGCGAGAUCAGCGACGCCAUGGAAAAGGUUUUCACUCGCUAUGCUGCCGUCAACAAGAUGGUGUCCGGAGCCUACAAAUCGGAAUUCGGUGAAACGGACGAGAUGUCUCCAGGUGAUGCCCAAAGUUGCAUCAUUUCCACUUCCGCACCCAAAUCGGAUUUAGAUAGCAGUUUUCAGGUGAUGGAACGUGUGAAGGCUUUCGCUGCGAAGGAAGGUCGUCAACCGCGUAUCAUGGUGGCCAAGAUGGGUCAAGACGGCCAUGACCGUGGCGCCAAGGUUGUCGCUACCGGAUUCGCAGAUCUUGGAUUUGACGUGGACGUGGGACCGUUGUUCCAAACCCCGGCCGAAGCUGCCCAGCAAGCUGUCGACGCAGACGUUCAUGUGAUCGGAGCAAGCAGUCUGGCUGCCGGACAUCUGACCCUUGUGCCUCAAUUGGUUCAGGAACUCGCCAAGCUGGGAAGAGAAGACAUCGUUGUAGUUGUUGGUGGUGUGAUUCCUCCACAGGACUACGAUGAACUCUACAAGGCCGGCGCCGAUCUCAUUUUCGGGCCUGGAACGAGACUACCAGCUUGCGCAAAUCAGGUUUGA